AUGGUAUAUCGUGAUACUUUUGAAGAUUUUAAUAAUAGACCCAUACCAGUAAUAGUAGCAGCAAUCCCAACGGUAACUAAAAGAUUAUCUUUGUUACUAAUAGUAACUUUUUACAAUAAUAGUAGUAGUAGUAGUAGUAGUAGUAGUCGUAGAAGUAGAAGUAGUAAAAGAAAGAAUGAGAAGAAGGGAGGUAACUGGACAAAAUAUGACGAGGUCAGCACCAUAAAUUUCAUCCAUAAAAAUUGGAGGUUUGAAUAUAACGAAGCACUACUAGAAAUAGGCGAUGGGAGAACUGUCGAUUGA